CUAUUGAUCUUCAAGCCAUGCAAACAAGCGCAGCGCUGCCAUUGCACAUUGAGACUGCCUGCAUCCACAGCAUCCCGCUGUCCCGCCUGCUGCCCGCCGAGGUCCAGGGCCAGCAGCGCCCAGUCUACCUCAAGCUUGAGAAUACGCAGCCGUCCAACUCGUUCAAGCUCCGAGCGAUUGGCAAUCUGUGCGCCAAAGCAGUCGCGCGCGGCGGCUGCGUGCGAUUCGUCUCAUCUUCAGGUGGCAAUGCAGGGUACGCAGCCGCAGUCGCCGCUCGCAUGCUUGGACUGCCCGUGCACGUCGUGCUCCCCACAUCAACGCCAGGAUUUAUGCGCGAGUUGAUCGAGUCGGAAGGAGCUAUUGUGACGGUAUAUGGCUCUGCUUGGGAUGAGGCGCAUGCGCAUGCAUUGGAACUCGCUGCAGAGCCAGGCUCUGUUUAUAUUCCUCCAUUCGACCACCCUGAUUUAUGGGAAGGGACGUCGACGUUGGUCGACGAGCUCUUCCGACAACUGCCAGAAAAGCCGGCUGUAAUUGCCGUUGCAGUCGGAGGCGGAGGACUCUUGGCUGGCGUGGUUGAAGGGCUGCAUCGGGUGGGCAAUGCCGCAUGGAAGGAUGUCCCGGUCAUUGCUGUUGAAACCGCGGGCGCAGACUCGCUCGCCAAGUCCGUCGAGGCUGGAGAACUCGUCACACUGCCCGCCAUCACAAGCAUAGCCAAGAGUCUCGGGGCCAAGCGAGUUGCAGAACGAGCGUUUCAACUUGCUCGGGAGCAUCCCGUCAUUUGUCAAGUCGUGCCAGACGCCAGCGCAACUCGAGCAGUCGUCCAGUUUGCAGAGCAUCAUCACAUGGUGGUUGAGCCAGCCUGCGGUGCAGCCCUCGCAGCACUGUACGACUCACUGCUGGCCUCCGAUUCCGUUCAAAAGGCCAUCUCUAACGUCUCUGGGAUUUCCGCAUCGGCGCCUAUUGUCGUGGUCGUUUGCGGUGGCAAUGUCGUGACCUUGGACAUGCUUGCGAGCUGGCGCACUGCUGCAUGUUCGCCUCCCUCCUGAGCACACCAAAACCUUCUCUCAAUCUUUUUUUUGUUUUGUUUUGUUUUUGUUCAGUCUAUUCGCUUUGCCUUGCGUUUCAUUGUGUUUCAAUUGACUCUCUGUAUCAUUUUAUUCUUCUCUCUGUAUUACAACCUGGCUCAUUCUUUA